AUGAAUAAAUUUAUGGUUAAUAUUAUUCGUCGUAAAUUAAUUGAUUUUGGGUUUAUGAUUUCUUCUUUUAUGGUUUUUCAAGUUUUUACAGGUGUUAUUCUAUCUUUUUUGUAUGUUGCUGAUUCUGGUUUAAGUUUUUAUUGUGCUUUUAUGGGUUAUAUUUUACCUUUGCCUGUGAUUGGUUCUGUUUUGUAUAGUUAUAUUGUUGGUGGAUUUUCUGUUACUAAAGUAACUCUUGUUCGUGUUUUUUCUGCUCAUGUUUGUGUUGGUUUUGUAAUAUUGGGUUUGAUGGUUAUUCAUCUCUUUUAUCUACAUCGUACUGGUUCUAAAAAUCCUUUGUUUGUUAGUAAUGGGUAUGGGGAUGUUGUUUAUUUUCACUCUUAUUUUACUGUUAAGGAUUUUAUGUGUUUGAUGUUUGUUUGUUUAUUUAUUAUUUUUUGUUUGUUUUAUAUACCUGAGUAUAUUUUAGAUGUAGAGAGUUAUUUAGAAGCUGAUUCUUUAGAAACGCCGGUGACUAUCAAGCCUGAGUGGUAUUUUUUAAUUUUUUAUGCUAUUUUGCGUUGUAUUGAUUCAAAGUUGGGGGGUUUGGCUUUGAUUUUGGUUUUAUUAUUUUUGUUAUUGUUUAUUAGGUUAACUUAUUUAGGUGGUUGUCAUCCAGAAUAUCCUUAUUUGUUUAUUUGUAAGGUUUUUAGUGUGUUUUUAGUAACUUUUAUGUUUUUAUUUAAGUUAUUUUGGCGGUAUGAUAAUUAUAUUUUGUAA